CGAACACUGCUCCGGCAACGAAGAAGAGAAUGCCUACGUCUGCAAUGACGAGGCAGCCCAACAGCCAAUCACAUGGCAGGAGCGAAGAUGGCGGAAUCGGAGAUGAGCGUCAGGAGCUCUCGAGAACUAUGGACCAUACUACUGGGCAGAUCUGCGCUGAGGGAGCCGGCUCAGAUAGAGGCAGAGCUGGACAGACACUGGGACAGGUUGCAUCAAGGACUCACUUACUACAAGCCACCCAGCUCAUCCUCUGCUGCGAAAGUGAAGGAGAACAAAGAUGUCGCACAGCCAUUGAAGGAUUUUGGUCUGAGGAUCAGUAAACUGUUGAAUCUUGAUGAGCAGCAAAGUGUGCAGCUUUUACAGUGUUAUCUACAGGAGGACUACAGAGGAACCCGUGACUCAUUAAAGGUUGUUCUCAAAGAUGAGCGGCAAAGCCAGGCACUACUGCUGAAGAUCGCCGACUAUUACUAUGAGGAGCGCAUGUGUCUGCUCAGAUGUGUCCUACUCCUGCUGACAUACUUUCAGGAUGAGCGGCAUCCCUACAGGGCUGAGUACAGUAACUGUGUCAAUAAGCUGGAGAAGGACCUGGUGAGCAAGUACCAGUCACAGUUUGAGAAUCUCUUCAAAGCAGAGGCACCAACAUGGGAAACUCAUGGAAACCUCAUGACGGAGAGGCAGGUGUCACGGUGGUUCCUGCAGUGUCUGAGAGAACAGUCUCUGCUGCUGGAGAUCAUCUUUUUGUAUUAUGCCUACUUUGAGAUGAGUCCGUCCGACCUACUGAGCUUCACCAAAAUGUUCAAAGAAGAAGGCUUUGGUUUGAGGCAGACUAACAGACACCUAGUGGACAAGAGCAUGGACGCGCUGGUCGACCGGAUCGGAUACUUGAGUUCUCUUAUCCUGGUUGAAGGAAUGGACAUAGACUUUCUGCACAAAUGUGCUCUGGAGGACUCUACAGAACAGCACCAGUUCUCUGGUGCUCCUGGUGUCAUUAAGGAGAUGGAUCAGCUGCUGCUAACCUUUGGCGACAUCCCUCAUCACGGACCGGUGCUGCUGGCCUGGGUCCUGCUGAGACACACGCUGAGGCCAGACGAGUCCAGCCCUGUGAUCAGAAGGAUAGGCAACACCGCCCUGCAGCUGGGGGUGUUCAAGUACCUUUCAACGAUGCUUAAAGGCCUUGGAGUUUCAGGGAACAAUUGUACAGCAAGCACGGCAAAAAUGUGUAUAUACGGCCUCCUCUCAUUUGUGAUCACCUCUUUUGAAGAAGAAAGCCUACAGAGUGAUGGUGUGGCGACGCAGUGCUCCCACCUGGUUGACGCUGCCUGUGAGGUCCUCUCUGCUCCCAAUCUGGCUGAAGUCUUCUGGGAGAUGAAACCAAACAUGGGGCUGGGGAUGAUCCUGGACAGUGCAGUCGGGAUGUUCCCUCAUAAGAUUGGACCUUUAUUACAGCUUCUGACUGCUCUGCUGUCAAACAAGUCGACGGUUAAAAAGGUGUACAACUUCUUGGAUAAGAUGUCAUUUUACACACAAGUUUACAAACAGAAGCCCAACGACAUCGUCUCCAGGGACGACGAGACGCUGUGGAGGAGACAAACCCCAAAACUGCUCUACCCUCUCGGCACAGGGCAGACUAACCUGUGGAUGCCACAGGGCGUUCUGGGUCAGGUGAUGAUCGGAGGUGAGCAGGGCUACGUGGUGCGCUGGGACUACUCCUACAGCUCCUGGACUCUCUUCACCUGUGAGGUGGAGAUGCUGCUCCACGUCGUUUCAACUGCAGACGUUAUAGCUCACUGUGCCCGCGUCAAACCCAUCCUGGAUCUGGUCCAUAAGAUCAUAAGCACAGACUGGACCGUGUCUGAUUGUCUGUUGCCUCUCACUUCACGCAUCUACAUGUUGCUACAGAGGUUAACGUCAGUCAUUAAUCCUCCAGUGGAUGUGAUCGCUUCCUGUGUGAAUUGCCUCUCUGUAUUGGCCGCAAGGAUGCCAGGGAAGGUGUGGUCCAGUCUUCACCACACUGGUUUCCUCCCCUUUGCAUCCAACCCUUUGACCAGCAUGUCUCAGUGUGUUAGUGCUGAGGGGAUGAAGGCAGGAAACUAUGGGAACCUCCUGGUGCAGAUUGAGCAGCCCAGAGGGGAGUAUGCUGUGACCAUCGCCUUCCUUCGUCUCAUUACAACCUUAGUCAAGGGUCAGCUUGGCAGCACUCAGAACAAAGGUCUGAUCCCCUGUGUGCUGCUGGUGUUGAAGGAGAUGCUGCCCACGUAUCAUAAGUGGCGAUACAACACCUAUGGAGUCAGAGAGAGGAUCGGUUGUCUUAUUUUGGAGCUGAUCCAUGCCAUCCUCAACCUGAGCCCAGAGGGAGAGGACCAGGGCAGCACCCCCACCCUCCAGUCUCUGUGUAUCUACAGCCUGGCAAACACAGAAGCUGGACAGGCAGUCGUCAAUAUCAUGGGAGUCGGAGUGGACACCAUAGAUGUAGUCCUGGCAGCGCAGCCCAGCAGCUGUGGCUCAGAGGGUCCUGGUCAGAUCCUGAUCCAGACGGUCAAACUGGCCUUCUCCGUCACGAACAACGUCAUCCGUCUCAAGCCGCCCUCCGACUCCGUGUCCCCUCUGGAGCAGGCGCUGACGCAGCACGGCGGCCAUGGCAACAACCUCAUAGUCGUCCUGGCCAAAUACAUUUACCACAAACACGAUCCAGCGCUGCCCCGGCUCGCGAUCCAGCUUCUUAAAAGGCUCGCCACGGUGGCUCCUAUGUCCGUCUACGCCUGCCUCGGCAGCGAUGCAGCCGCCAUCCGGGAUGCGUUCCUCACCCGGCUGCAGAGCAAGACUGAAGACAUGAGGAUCAAGGUCAUGAUCCUUGAGUUCCUCACCGUCGCCGUGGAAACCCAGCCUGGUCUCAUUGAGCUCUUCCUCAACCUGGAAGUGAAAGAUGGAAACGAGGGAUCAAAGGAGUUUCUGCUCGGUGAGUGGAGCUGCCUUCAUGUGGUGUUGGACCUGAUUGACUCCAAACAGCAGGGGAAGUACUGGUGUCCCCCUCUGCUCCACAGAGCCGCCCUGGCUUUCCUCCUCGCUCUGUGGCAGGAUCGCAGGGACAGUGCCAUCUCCGUCCUGCGCACAAAAGACAGAUUUUGGGAGAAUUUGACGACGCCUCUGUUUGGAACCCUCACCCCACCGUCAGACACCACGGAGCCUUGCGUUCUGGAGACCUGCGCUUUUGUCAUGAAAAUCAUUGGCCUUGAGAUCUACUACGUUGUCAGUGGCUCCUUGGAGAAGUCUUUGAAAGACGGGCUUCAGAAGUUCUCCAACGCCCGGCGCUACGAGUACUGGUCCCAGUACGUCAAGUCUCUGGUCUGUCACGUGACGGAGAUGGAGGAGGAAGGCAUCUGUUACUUCCCAGAGACCCAGAUGUUGAUCUCUGCUUGGCGGAUGCUGCUAAUUCUUUCCACAACUCAUUCUGACGUCAUGCAGCUAACGGAGGACGCGACCAAGCUGAAGCUGUUCAUGGACGUCCUGGAUGGGACCAAAGCUGCUCUGACCACGCCCUCGUCUGUGCCUUGUCUCCGUCUUGGAUCCAUGAUGGCCACUCUGCUGCUCAUCCUGCUCAAACAGUGGAGGAGUGUGGUAGCAGCCGCUCCAGACAUCCUGUCCCCGCUGUCCCUGAUCCUGGAGAGCGUCCUGCAGGCCGACCAGCAGAUGAUGGAGAGGACCAAAGCCAAAGUCUUCUCCGCUCUCAUUUCUGUGCUGCAGAUUCAGGGACUCAACGGUGGGGACAUUUCCCAGCUGCCCCAGCUGCUGAUGUCCGUGUGUGAGACGGUGAAGGACGAGGCUCUAGCGCUGAUUGACAGCACUCGUCACAUGAGCCAGAUGGGGGACGUGGUGGAGGACGAGGACAGCAUGGAGACGGACUCUCCUCGUGGGCCGCAGAAGGACCAGAGAGACGGGGUGUGUGUGCUGGCGCUCCACUUGGCGAAGGAGCUGUGUCGCACUGAUGAGGACGGCGAGCACUGGGUGUCUGUGAUGAGGAAGGUCCCCGUCCUGCCCUCGGUGCUCAGCGCUGUGGAGCUCAGCCUGCGCUCCAAACACAACCUCUACUUCACCGAGGCUGCUCUUCACCUGCUGCUCACUCUGGCCCGAACUCCUCAGGGGGCAGCAGCUGUUGCUGGAGCCGGAGUCAUCCAAACUAUCUGCCUGCCUCUGCUGAGUGUGUAUGAGGUGUCUUCAAACGGGACGUCACAGAGUUUCGCCCGUAAGUCCCAGGACUCCGCCUGCUGGCCGGGGGUUUACCGCCUCUGUAUGUCUUUAAUGGAGAGUCUGCUCAAGACUUUACGCUACAACUUCGUCAACGAAGCCCUGGACUUUGUGGGAGUGCAUCAAGAACGCAUUUUACAGUGUCUGAACGCCGUGCGGACGGUCCAGAGUCUGUCCUGUUUGGACGAGGCCGAUCACACGGUUGGUUUCCUGCUGCAGCUCUCGAGCUUCUGUAAGGAGUGGCAGUUCCACCUCCCCAAACUGCUCCGAGAUGUUCAGGUAAACCUGUGUUAUCUCUGCCAGACCUGCACCUACCUGCUCCACAGCAAGAAGAUGCUCCAUCACUACCUCCAGGCUAAAAACGGUGAGACGUUGCCCCCCGGUCCUCUCCCCAGGACCCAGCGGGCCCCUCAGGCCCUCAACAAACCAGCAGCAGGUGGAGGUGAACGAGAGGAGGCGGAGCAGAAGGCGCUGCUGGCCGUGCAGUGCAGCCUCCUGAAGAUCCUCAGCAAAACGCUGGCGACUCUGCAGCACUUCACUCCAGACUGCUGCCAGAUUCUCCUGGACCAGUGCAUGGACUUGGCCGAGUACAGGACCCUGUUCGUGCUCAGCUUCACUACUCCAGCGUUCGACCCCGACGUGGCUCCCUCCUUCGGGACGCUGCUGGCCACCAUCAACGUGGCCCUGAGCAUGUUGAGCGAGAUGGAGAAGAAGAAGGAGCCGGCGUCUCUUAGCAUCGUUUCACUGGCUUCAUCAGAGGAAAUCCAAGCUUUGAAGUCGUUGCUGAUGUUCACCAUGGAGAACUGUUUCUACGUGCUGAUCUCUCAGGCCGUCCGGUGUCUCAAAGAUCCCUCCAUCCUCCCUCGAGACAAGCAGAGGCUCAAACAAGAGCUCAGCUCCGAGCUGAGCACGCUCCUCUCCAGUCUGUCCCGUCAUUUCAGGAGAGGUUCCCCGUCGUCCCCGGCCAGCGGCAUCCUCCCCUCCACUCAGUCCAAGCCCCCCACCCCGGGCUCCAAGGCCAGCCACGAGGGCCAGGAGCCGUUCAUCCAGCUCGUUCAGGCCUUCGUGAGACUCGUGCAGAGAUAGAUGUGGAUCCACAGCACAGGACACAUUUCAGACAUGGGUAGUUUUCUUUUCUCCUCCCCCAAAAAAAAACAAAACAAAUACUGUUCUCCAAAGCCAACGUUUUUGAAUAAGUAACUAAAAGGUUAUCAAAGGGUCAAGCUGAACAAAUGUGACCUAGAAUGAGUGUUUACUAUAAUAAUAUAUCAUUUAAUAACCAAAAAGUUCUGUUUAAAAGGUCAAUGAGAAGCCGCCCACUGACCAGAGCCUGUAGAGACCUCGGUGCUACUAAACAUCAGUCACAUGACGCGGUGACUGUGCUCCACCUUUCACAGACCUAGUUUUAUAGGUCACUUUGACAACAACAACCUGACAUGUUUCAAGUGCAACUUCUCUUAAGCCUUUUUAUGUACAAUGUCUGCGUGUAGUAGAAGAGUAAAGCUGUUUUCUAAAAUAAAAAUCUUGAACUUUGCUAUUUUCUUAUUUGUGCUUUUCCGUGUACACGUUUUGAAGUGGCAGCCAAGAUUUGUACUUCAGAAGAAAAAAAAAAUGUAUAUGUCAAUAAAGGGACUUUUGUACCACA